GUGAAAGCAUUCGUCGCAUAUUUUUCUUGCAUAAUUGUUGCAUCAAUUUAACUCAAAAUUUCCGUGUCAUCCGCUAAUUUAAAUGCAAAUAUACGUAAAAUGGUGCUUUUUGGCCUCAAGAAUUCACUAAACGACGACUUUGGGAGCCAGAAAUAGUUAAAAUUCGACACGAUUUUUUUUUGUGUGACACUUUCCUGUAAAUAUUUCGAUAAAAAUUACUUGUUUUCACAGAAAUCGUGGCUAACUUACGAUUAAAUUUACCAAAUAUGAGUAGCAUACGGGUUCUUCCUUUAAAUUUAAGUACAACACAAAAGAUAGUUGUUGCUGUUUCUGUUACCGCCGGCGUCGCGUUAGUCGGUAUCUUAGCGAAUGUCUUGGGACGUCGGAAAGCCAUGAAGCUUGGGCAACGGCGAGCUCGAAGAGGUCCGAGUGGUAGAAGGACAAGAAAUAGCAUCCGAAGUCCUAACAAUGAUAUGAUUUCUCUUGCUGGUUCAAAAGCAUCCGCGAGAUCAAUGAGCCCGGGAGGAAGUGUUCAUGCCAUGUCAGAUCGUUUAUCGCUCGCUUCUGGAUCGUUAGGGGCUGGCGUAUUGAACGCACAAUUGACACCCCAACAGCUCGGAGUGAUGGGAAUGGAAGCUUUAGAGACGGUAAUUGGGUAUUGGGAAGAUGCCUUGGCUCAACAUUCGUCCUCAGCUACUUUAUCGCUCAUGUCGCCGGAAGAUUCAGAGUUUUGCAAGGAAAUUCACAAUUUACUCGAUGUCGCGUACGCUUUGCAGGAACAAAGUGAGUUGUUAUUUUUGGACGAACGUUCGGUUUUGUUCCGUGAAGAGGAAAUCCAACGAGAAGUAGCGAGUUUACACGGGAGUCGCGUCAACGGAAGUCAUCGAGGAUCCGAUCCCGGUUUGGAUUCCGGCGAAAGUUUCGCUUCUGCCUUAGAUCAAAUCGCAGAUUUACGUGAAUUUGAAGAUUUUCUCGAAGCACUGCCCGAAAUGGAGAAAUAUCCGUUGUACCAAAGUGCAGUUAAGCAUCUCGAGGAGCAACCAGUGCCGUAUCGCAGUAUUCGAACGGAAAUGGUAAAUUGCUCCUCCGAUGCAGAAUAUCUCGCAAAACUUCAUUGUCUUCGACUGGCUUUCCAAUAUUUGUCGAAAGAUGACACAAAGAUGAAAUGGAUCGAGGAUUGUGGGAGACAAGUUCUAACUGAUUUACUAUGCUUGGCAGACAAAGAUCCAAAAGAUUUUUUGGUAGCAUAUGAGUCGAUGGUUGAAUAUUUGCACGACGAAAACAAUUGGGAAGAAAUUGAGCGGGAACUUGAACUGCGGAACGUGAAGGCAAUGACAUUUUACGAUAUUUGUCUGGAUUUUAUUGUGCUCGAUGCAUUUAGAGACCUCGAUGCGCCUCCUUCAAGCGUAUUGGCAGUUGUGCAAAAUAGAUUUUUGACGAAUGGAUUUAAGGAAACGGCAUUGGCAACAGCAGUGUGGAGUGUGUUGAAGGCAAAAAGACGAUUUUUGAAGUUUCCUAAUGGAUUUAUGAGCCAUUUUUAUGCCGUGAGUGAGCAUACGAGCCCGAUAUUUGCUUGGGGAUUCUUUGGACCGAACGAAUAUUUGUCAGAAGUGUGUCAUUACUUCCGCGAUCAAAUGGUGGAUUUCCUAAAAGACCUCUACAACUUCCAAAAAGUACGUUACACGACAGUUGAAGACUUGGCGAGCGACAUUUUCACUCUCAUGAAACAGCGCGUCGACAACAUUGGCGUCAAAUUUAGUCAAUAAGCGGUUGUUAAUUCUUAAUUAUUAAUUAUUCUCGAACAGAUCAAUAUUAACGGGGACUAUCUUGAUUUUUGUUAUAAGAAAUCAAAAAAAAAGUUAUUAAUUUUAAUUCAGUUGACUCGGAAGUGGUACAAAAA